UAGGAAAAUACCAGAGGCUGCCCCGCCUGCCGGUGCGCAUUGAGCAGCCUGUGUGGUCACGAAGCGAGGCCUCUGCCCUAAACAGUCUUGGGUCUGUAGCGUAGCAUCCCUCCCUGCCUACCGCGCCCAACCCGGGGGCACAAAUACAGUCCUCAGGGGCGUGGGAGGCCGAAGGCGGUGGCUGUGGGAGCCCCUCAGGUUAUCCUUGUGCCGCAUUUACAUAGUUUCUCUACCCACUCGAUGUGCGCAACAAAAUUUUCCAUGGCUCACCCUCCGCGGUGGUGGGAGUACGUUCCAGAAAGAGGCACACCAGGGAACUGGGACGGGAGGAGGGGAAUUCAAACUUACAGGGAGAGUUUGGGGAAGGGGGGCGGAUACCAGGCUGACCAGCUUCCCCGCAGAGGCCCCCGGGGCGGAGCAGCAGAAGGGGGGAGCGCUUCCGAAGGAUCCCGCCGCCGCCGCCGCCAUCCCGCCCCCUGCUUCCCUUCCCGCCUCCCGGGAGCGCCCGCUCCGCCUGCCUGAGUCACGGCUGGAGCCGGGGAGGAGCCGGGGAAAGGAGGCCCCAGCCCAGAGUGCAGCCAGCGGCCGCAGGGAGAGCAGGCAGCGCGGUCGGGGAUCAUGGGGGAGAGCGCGCUGGAUCCGGGGCCUGUGUCCGCAGCGCCGGCGGGGGGCCCGGUGCACGCCCUGACGGUGGUGACGCUGUUGGAGAAGCUGGCCACCAUGCUGGAGGCGCUGCGGGAGCGGCAGGGGGGCCUGGCUCGGAGGCAGGGCGGCCUAGCGGGCUCGGUGCGCCGCAUCCAGAGCGGCCUGGGCGCGCUGAGCCGCAGCCACGACACGACGAGCAACACGCUGGCGCAGCUGCUAGCCAAGGCGGAGCGCGUGGGCUCGCACGCGGAUGCUGCGCAGGAGCGCGCCGUGCGCCGCGCCGCCCAGGUGCAGCGGCUGGAGGCAAACCACGGGCUGCUGGUGGCGCGCGGGAAGCUCCACGUCCUGCUCUUCAAGGGAAAUCUUCCUGUCAAAUCUGUGGAGGAAGGUUUACAUCACUGACAAGAACAUUAGACCACUGGGUUGAGUCUCAAAAUUGAGAAAUUAAAGCAGUACAUUAGAAAAAAGGAAAAACAAUUUAAGCAGAAAAAAAAAUAUAUUACAAAUCCAGUGGUAAUUUGGACCAGUGAAAUACUGACCAAUUGGGAAGUAAUGCAUAGUAAGAGAAAAGUUUGAGAGUUGGGGUAUUGGGACUGCCCCCUACUGUUCAUGGUAAAAGUUCAGAGUCUAGCUGUAGGAAGUGAUCCAAAUGUUGCCCCUGAACUUUAUGAAAUAUUUCUCUCCAGAGGAAAGGAACAGCGGAAAGGCUUCAGUGAAACACAUUCUUCUAAACGUGAUACAGAAGGCGUAUCUGUUGAUGAUCCAAAUGUCCAUCUGGAAUUAAGCUAGACAUAUCCUAUGCAUUUCCAUCUCUAUCUCUUUCACAAAGAUGGUCCAAAUCAUGAUGUUUUACAUAGUAUCUUAGGAGUAUAUUCAUGUUACAGAUCUGAUGUUGGUUACGUCCAAGGGAUGUCCUUCAUUGAGGCAGUGCCCAUUCUCAAUUUGGAAGAGACAGUUGCCUUCAUUUCAUUUGGAAGUUUCAUGAAUAAGCCAUGCCAGUUGACCUUUUUUCUGGCAGAUUACAGCAAGAUAUUAACAUCUGAAGUAUUCUUUGAGGACAGUCUCUUCAGACUGUUUCUUCAUAUCAAGCGUUAUGGCCUUAAGCCAGACAUACACUUGAUAGACUAGAUCUAGAUGUAUCACAAAUCACUACUCGGUCCAGCUUGUCCAUUCUGGGAUGUAGUUUGCAGAGAUGGGGAAGAAUUUUUAUUUAGAACUGGGCUUUGUGUCUAUAAUGAAGGAUAUUAAGAAAGGAGACCGGAAUAACAGUACUGCUUUGAACAGCCAAUCUUCAUAAAUAACAGACUAAUUGAAAUGUAAAAAAGUAUUUUUGGUAACAGGUUUUUGCUUCCUAUGUAAGAAGCAUGGAGGAAAGUUGGAGAAAUCAAAAGAAUCAAGAGAUGGAAAACAGCUGAUUUUGAAUGUUGUGUCUGAAGUACAAGAAAUGAGUAACCUGUUGACAAUAUUCUUAAGAAAAAUAUUUCGUAGGGAGAGACAUUUUACUAAGGAAAAAGUUUAAAUGGCUAGUUCAUACUCCAUAAUUUGGGUUGAACAGUUGAAAGCAAAAUUUUAAAAUAGUCUCUUGGGAAAAAAAAUAGUGGCUGGUAGUACCCAAUUAAAUAAGCAUCAUUCUCAAGUAUGACAUUCCAGACAAGGCCUUGGUUGCAUACCAAUUUUUCCAAUUAUAUCUAGUAAAAAGGUAGGUAGAUUCUUAUCGAACCUAUGCAGAUAACUCUAGUACCAUUUAGAAGUAAGAACACGUAAUAAAAGUUUCUGAAUUUGGGAGGGGGAGUCAGGCAGGGAGGAUAUCAUUUAAGAAUAUUCCAUUUCAGUUCACAUAAUCAGAAUCCACUAAAUUGUUAUGAGUUAUAGAUACCUUAAUAAGAAAGAGAAAGGGCUUCCUUUUAUACCCAGAAAAUAGAACAUUAAAAUAACAUCAGCAACAUUCCAAACAAAUAGCUACAGUCAUUUCUCAUCAGUUCAUUCAGUCCUGUGUAAUCAAGUCUUGUUUGGCUGGAUCUUAGGUUGGCAGUAUCAUGAACCCAUUGGCUUCUUGAUUAAAAAAGAGUGCUAGAAAUCUUGACUUAGCUCACUGUACAGUCUUAAAGUUGUUUAGGCAAUGACAUCAGAAGCCUGUCCCCAAGAUCUAUUCUUUAAAGUUUUAAGUACCUGGUAGAGUCCUUUUCCAUGGGCUCUGAGAUCAUGCUUCUUUGUAUAAGAUGUGAACUCUGGCCUGCAGCUGAUUGCAGAGCCUUUGGGGAAGCAUCCGAGUAAUACCAACAGGAUCUGUAGAUGCCAGAGACUUAAAAUGACUGCGGCAAUUACUCGAGUGUUCAUAACAAGACUGAUGCAACUGACAAAUGAAUUUUGGUUAUUUCUAUGUCAUGCAAAACAAAGGUAAUCCAAAAAAUGGAAAUAAAGCUUUAAUCAACAUGUCUAUACAUACAAUGAUCAACUGCUCUUCGAUUUUCAAAGAAGAUAGUGAAUAUGACUUCUGAUUUGUAAUAACGGAUGGGCACGCUUUUUACAGAGGAAAUAUUCUUGAGAUAUACAACAUUCCUGAGGUAUAACAUACAUGCAUUAUACUAAGAAUAUACCAAAAAUAUAUCAACAAUAUCAAGUAAAGAGAUUCAGAGUAGGUCUUAAACAUCAGUAUUUUAAUAAAACCCUACAGAUAAGUCUGAUGUUUAUCCCCAGAUGAAAACCAGUAGUCUAGAAGAUGUGAGGUCCAAAUAAAAGAAGUAAGGUUCCAACCAAGUAAACAUUUAAAAUAAUAACUGAAAUUAUGAUUGGUCACACCACAUUCUUGUUGCUAACAUGAAGCAAAGCACAUCAGGACGCUGAUAAAUAGAAACACUGAAAAAUCUUCAGGGACUUCCCAUAAAGCAUUUAGGCUCUAAAAUAUUUACAUUAAUAAUAUUUUACCUAUAUAAACUUAACCUAGGGAAGGCUGAGCAUCUUUUCUGAUUUGAAUGACUCUUUCCAUGAAACUCAUCAAUAGUAACAUAACAAAACCUAAUUAUUUUUAAAAAAACCUCUCUUUUAUAGGGUAAAAGAACAAAUCUUUGGAUUUUAGGAAGGCAAAACCCAAAAGUUGUCAAGCUAUUUAAACGGUUACGAUAGUACCAUGGGUACCUAAGAAACAAUGGUUGGCUCCAUUUGAAAGUGACAGGAAGGGGCACCUGGGUGACUCAGUCGUUAA